AUGUGGCUCUCCAAAAAUACCACUGAUGUUAUCACAAAUCAUGACAGUGCAUCGUUCACAAAAUACGAAAAACUACUGAAAAGUAUUUUAUCCCUGGGAUUUGAAAAUAAAUUUUACAAACUUCAAACUAAAGGCUCUUUAAAUUCUGGCUCGUUAGUUGAAUACAGGAUAAAUGUUUCCAGCGACACUCCACAUUGGUUUGUAAAAGACUAUCUAGCCAGAGUCCAAGAUUACUAUCGGUUCAACAUAACGUCACUGGACGAUGUCGAUGAAUGUGUUUAUAAUGAACAUAACUGUAGCAGCACGGCAAUUUGCGAAAACACGUAUGGCUGGUACAAAUGUAUAUGUAAAUCAGAUAUGACACUUGAAGCUUCCAACUGCAUCCCUGGUGAAAGAUCAGAAACUCAACCAGUACUAGAAACUUCUCAAAAAUAUGAAAAACUGAUAUUGGGAUUGGUUCUCGGAUUUGGGAUACCCCUUUUGGCAUUACUUCUCCUUUUCAUUUUUUGCUAUUGCUCUAAGAAGAAAACCGGGAAGGCAAAUGUUGCCACAGCACCAGAUGAAAGUCUUGUUCAGAACACAUUAGAAUUUCAGCCAACGCUCUACUACAAGGUGCACUUUGUUCCUGCAAAUCAAUGAACACAGAAUCUGGAAACGAGGAAGGUUUUGAGAGCAAGUUCCAAACUAUCUGAGUGAAUCUAAAAUUGAGAAAUGUGAUUCCCUAGUAAGGAGUCUGUGCCUAUUAACAAGAAAUAUUCACUUACAGAUAUAUUGUAAUAGAAAAAAAACUCUCAUUGACUAACUGAUUACUGGA